AAUAGGCUAACAAAACCCCAAUUACAGCUCCACAAAAUCAUUUGAAAAAAAGAUUUAUGAAACGAUUUAUGAAAAUGCAUUAAAAUGGGGGGAUAUAUAGCGUUUUGAGAACAAUAGAGAUUUAACUAAUUUACGCAACGAAUUACCUGUCAGCUCAAGUGAAGUUCAAUAACCACCACUGCAGGCACACACCCCCUGUCCUGUAGCCUCUAAGUGAAAGUAUUCAGUCAGCCCAGCGCAUUUCCUGCUUGCCCUCUGUCAGCGUCGGAUAGGAGAGACAAGACUGAUAAGGGAGAGGAGGAUGCUGUUAAUGUUCCACUGAUCCAACACAGCAACUACACGAAUUUGAAACUAUUCAUCUAAAUUGAUGAACACUGAAGCUGAAGUAGGCUACACCCUAUCUUUAACUGCAGCGCACCCAAGUGUACAGAAAAGGCGUUGAGUCCGAUUCGCCGACCCGGUUCUACCCAAAAUAUGUCCGUCCAAAGAAGACUUGCAUCGAUAGUAUAUGUACACCUCUUACUCUGCUUCGUUCUGUGUGAGGAGGAGUACGCGCCAAGGAACGUAAAGAUCAUAAUUCCUGAGGGUGACACCAGCAACAGGGAAUACCAAUGUGUUGCCGAUGCCAAACCACCACCAACCUAUUUAUGGGGGAGGGAUGGAGGCCAGGACCUGCCUGACGGUGUGACAGCAGACGGGGACAGGCUGCGCUUCCCAAGCUCGACCUCUGAAUUUAAUGGCCAAUAUUUCUGUAAGGCCACAAACUCACACGGGACCAACACAGCCUACAUAUAUCGGCAUAUAGUUGACCCCAGUGCCUCAAAGGAUCGUGGCGAGCUCUGAGUUUUCUUUGUGGGUAAACGCUCACACACAAACACACACACACACACACACACAGUGUGUGAGUGGGUGUGUGUGGGUGUGUGAGUGGGUGUGUGUGUGAGUGGGUGUGUGCACUACUGAAGAACUAUGGCUCUAUAAUGCCUCCUGCUAUGCAGCGUUCUGUGCACCUGGCUGAAGAAGGAAAAUCAUUGUGACUGCACUUUUUCAGGAUGACAGGAUAAAUAGAUAUAUCUAAUACGUAAAUAUAAUUUCAUUAAAACAUGUCAAUACUCAAAGUCAAUGAAGUUUGCCCUGUGUUUAAUCUGUGUUUAGGAUUAUAGGAUGAAUGCAUAUAUCUAUCCACGAUAUUCCGCAGCCCAACAAUGGGGGUCGCCAUGACACCGAGACGGUUUUCUAUUUCCGGCGAAGCUGCAUUGUAUCUGUUUUAACGUGACGGUUUACGGUGCUUAACAUAUCAUAACGCAUAUAAAAGUAAACUUUUCUAUUUUAUAUCGGUUAUAUAUGAUGUAGUUAAUACAUGCCGAGGGCAGAAUUGUCAACAUUUCGAAAGAAAUCUAAGUUGAGGCAUAAUCUAGUUCGCUACGGAGAACGCACAUGUUAACAGAAUGAACGGAAGUUGAAAACAGUCUCGUAACCAUCGCAACGAUACAUAUUUCCGGGUUAAGGAAUAAGGUGGAUAGGUCUAAUAUAUAAAUAGAUAUAUCUAAUAUAUAAAUAUGAUAUGUAAAAAAAUGAAUUGCCUGUUAUCUAUGCAGUUUGCCGCAUUAUAUCAAUAAAUUAAGGUUUUAUCUAGGUUCUAUCUAUCAGUCUGGUCCAUUUGUGUGUCUGUGUGUGUCUGUAUGGUGUAGGUGGGGCAGCCGUGGCCUACUGAUUAGGGCUUCGGGCUUGCAACCUGAGGGUUGCCGGUUCGAUCCCUGACCAGUCCACGCCUGAAGUGCCCUUGAGCAAGGCACCUAACCCCUCACUGCUCCCCGAGCGCCGCUGGUUGGGCAGGCAGCUCACUGCUCUGGGUUGUGUGAUUCACCUCACUGUGUGCUCACUGUGUGCUGUGUGUUCACAUUCGGUUAAAUUGGGUUAAAUGCAGGGAACUGAAUUUCCCUCACGAGAUCAAAAAAGUAUAUAUUCAUUCAUUGAUGCUUUAUGUACAAUUGAAUGUCAAAGCAUAAUCUCUUAGAAUAUUUGAAUCCUUUCUAUGAAGAAAUGUGAUUUGAUUUGAUUGAGGUGGAUUCAACUAAAGAAAUCAAUUGUGUGUGUUUUGUGUGUGUGCGUAUUUUUGUCUGUGAGUGUGUGGUCAGUGUAACUGGGGCGGUAGUUGUUAAGGAGCUGGGCUACCGUGCAGUUGGCUGAAAGUUGUUGGUUAAAUUCCCGGCCUUCACUGUUGUGUACAAGUUGUUCCAGGGACAAUGUAAUCCCUUGUAAUAUAGUUGGCAUGUAAGUCAUUGUUUCAUUCAGUUUAAUUUAAUUUGAUGGAAGUUGCAUAAUUUAUGCCCUGAACUGUACUGUACUGUACUGGCGAAGUGCUGCUACCGCGACUGCCGAGCUGCUGGCCUGCGAGCUGCCAUGCUCAGCCUGGAGUCUGAUCGAGCAGAUGCCAAGCUGAAAACAAGCUGUUGCUGUCUGGGUCAACUGAGUUGCUGAUCUGCAGGGUCGCCCACGACUUCGGACGGUUCGUUGCUUCUGCUGCUUGUGCUUCUGGUGCUCUCCAGCCGGCCUGCCUAUUGAAUCCACCGGUUGGUUUAAGGCUGUGUGUCAUCACUGCCCUGGGACUUUUCUCGGUCGUCUGGACUAAGUUGGCGUGGACUUUUCUGAUUUUGUUUGCUUUUAUUAUUUAUUUGACAUUUGUUUAUUUGUUUGUACGUCUUGGUGUCACGGGUACGCUGGCGAUUACGCCACUCCGUCCGGCAUCUUGUGUCUUGUUAUUUUGUGAAUUUGUUUGUUGUGUUGUCAUGGGUACGCUGGCGACUACGCCACCGGCACUGUCUCUGUGUUCUGUAAAGCGCUUUGGGUUGCACUCAGUGCACGUUAAAUGCGCUAUAUAAGUAAAAUUACCUACCUUA